GAAGCUUCUUUUUAGAAACUCAUUCCUAGUAGUCGGUAAGAAUGUUUUCUUUUUUAAAAUAAAUACACAUACCAACUUUUUUUUAGCGAUUCAGAGGUAAGUAUUCAGUAUCCUCUACCCCCUUAAGCCCUAGACUCGGUGCUGGGAUUGGUCUUUAUUUGCUAAAGCCGUAGCCAGUUGAUAGACACACAGGGUGGUGUAAAGGGGCAGUGUUGUAUUGAUCUCUGCUGUUUGCCUUCAGCUUACCGGAAAACGCCAUCUGGGUCCUCAGGACAAAACAGAGCAGAGCCUUUUGUGUCCGUGGCACAUUAUUCCCUGUUCAUAGGAGAAUAAUACUGCUAAGUGAGACGAGCCCGUGAAGACGGAUAUUUAAGGAGCAGGCAGCUGCUGUGUCCCCACAAGUUCUCGCUCACGGUGCACAGAGAAAAUGUUCUCCCUAGGCAGAGGCUGGCUCUGGCUCUGCAUCAGAACAGCUGUGCUUCUGGGGAAUCCCCUAAAUGCCCCGGGGCAGCAGGGGAAAAGGCACUGUUACCAGCUCCACAGAUUACAGUACUCCCUCCCAGAAGCAGAGAAGCACUGCCAUGACCGUGGGGGCCACCUCCUUAACCCCUGGAACCAGGCAGUUCAGGGCUUCAUCCAGAAAUCUCUGGAAGAAGGGACGACGUGGUGGAUUGGGCAAAAGAGACGGCUUGAAAGAAAACACUCCGCAGAUGUCAUCAGCCAACUGCCACAUUUCAGCUGCACUCUCGUGUCCAGGAACGCCGGUCAGACCACGACACAAGAGGACUCGUGCUCCAACAAACAUUUUUUCAUUUGCCAGACUGCUCAAGAUGCCAUUUACAAAAGAAAUGAAAAUAAUUCUAAUCCACAAACAAGACCCAUGCCACAAAGAAAUGAAAAGGCCUCAGGUAGAGUUGCAGACAGUGAGAGAGAGAGACAGAGAGAAAGGUCUUCCUCCCAUUGGUUCACUCCCCAAAAGGCUACUACGGCUGGUGCUGCACCGAUCCGAAGUCAGAAGAAGCCAAGUGUCUCCCCCCAGUCUCCCAUGCAGCUGCAGGGACCCAAGCACUUGGGCCAUCCUCUACUGCCUUCCCGGGCCACAGCAGAGAGCUGGCCUGGAAGAGGAGCAACCUGGACCAGAACCUGGCACUCACAUGGAAUGCCGGCAUCACAGGCAGAAGAUCAACCAAGAGCCACUCGCCAUUCAUUCCUCUGCCACUCGUCUGUUCCUAUUCCUGGUCCUCUUAACCUGUGCCAGCCUGUCAGCUCGUGUCCUUUGACAGAAGUCACACCACUGGUGACAAAGGCCACCUCUGCUCCACCCAGCCCGUCCCUCCCCGGGAUCAGCGAGCUCACCUUGCCUGCGGCGGCCACACAUGCUGCAGGAUCUGUGGUCAGCGAGCUCACCUGGCCUGCGGCGGCCACACGUGCUGCAGGAUCUGUGGUCAGCGAGCUCACCUUGCCUGCGGCGGCCACACGUGCUGCAGGAUCUGUGGUCAGCGAGCUCACCUGGCCUGCGGCGGCCACACGUGCUGGAACAUCUGCGGCAGGAAGCCCUCCAAGGCCAGCGCAGGACGCACAGCCUGGAGCCCUCACCACUCUGCCACAGGCAUCACCUUGGACCACAGCUGACCAGACCACAGAUGAGACGGCAGGGAACUUGAGGGGAGUGACGGAUGAUGUGCAGGCUCAUAGAGAACUCCAGAGAGCUUGCAAGGUGCUCCAGGAACUGAGCGGCUUCACCUCAAGACUGUCUACACCUGCCCAGGUCAAUGCCAUCAAUUCACUGAUUUCCCUAAGUGAGCAGUUACUGCAGAUGCCGUUUCAGAACAGCAGUCUGGCUUUCAGAAUGCCUGUGACGUCCUGCCUGACUGACCCCCUCAGUAACGUCCUGAGUACUACGGAAGAAAGUUGGCAGAGACCCACGGGUGGUCCUGAGCAGGUGGAGGACGUGCUGGAGAUGGCCCUCGUGGCCCUCGGGAGGAUCCACGAAGCAGGGGUGCAGCAGAACCCGGCGUCCGGGUCUUCAGUGACGCUGUCCUCUGCCCUCGCUGUCACGAUGCUGAGCAGCCGAAACGCGUCCACUCUGCCUCUGAGCUCUUACACCCUGGGCCACCCCGCACCCGUCAGCUUGGGCUUCCCGUCGGCUGCGGCUUUGGAGGAGCUCCUGAGUAAACACCCGGGAGUUAACGUCCAGGUCGCAGGACUGGCUUUCAAUCCCUUCAAGGAUUUUGACAACAGGGACAUUGUUGGAAGCAUUGGAACUGUGUUGCUCAGCUCUAAUCUUGAAUCGCUCCAAGUCCAUGAUUUAAUGGAAGAUAUCGAGAUCGUGCUCUGGAGAAGCGAGAGCCUGGACCCAGCUCAGCCCAGCAGCCUCAGCCUGAGCACAGAGCAGCUGGUGAUCACGCUGAACAUCACUUCCUCGGAGGAGUCCCUGAUCCUGAGCGUGCAGCCAGACAUCCGCCUUCCCGUGACCCUCUACCUGGCCUUCCAGCAUCAGCCUGAGCCUGCCGACUGCCACCUGAACAUCACCCUUCCAAAGGAUCAGGUGUGGCAGAAAGAUGAGGAGUACACCUGGGUGCUGACGCCCGAGAGCCUGCGCUACGGCAUCGGCACCUACUAUGUAACAGCCGUGUUGAAUGGCGACGCAGAGAGGCCCGCCCUGGUCUCGGUGGUGACAGCUGUCACCCAGUGUUACUUCUGGGACAGCCACAACAGGACGUGGAGGAGCGACGGGUGCCAAGUUGGGCCGCGGAGCACAGUUUCCAGGACGCAGUGUCUGUGUAACCACCUGACCUUCUUCGGCAGUGACUUCUUCAUCCUGCCCAGGACAGUCAACGUCAAAGACACAAUCAGACUCCUGCUCCGUGUGACCAGCAACCCUGUCGGGGUGUCGCUGCUGGCCAGUCUCUUAGGAUGCUACGUGGUCCUGGCUGCGUGGGCGUGGAGAAAGGACCGGGCAGAUACCCAGAAGGUGAAGGUCUCCGUCCUGGCUGACAAUGACCCCAGCUGCCAGUUUCACUACCUGGUUCAGGUCUACACGGGCUAUCGGAGGAGGGCUGCCACGACAGCUAAGGUUGUCAUCACCCUCUAUGGAUCGGAGGGACGGAGCGAGCCCCACCAUCUCUGUGACCCCCAGAAGGCUGUGUUUGAACGAGGGGCCCUGGACGUCUUCCUUCUCACCACCAAGCACCCUCUGGGGGAGCUGCACAGCCUGCGGCUCUGGCAUGACAAUUCUGGCGUCAGCCCUUCUUGGUACGUAAACCAGGUUGUUGUCAGUGACAUGACAGUUAAGAAGAAGUGGCAUUUUCUCUGCAACUGUUGGCUGGCCGUGGACUUGGGAGACUGUCAGCGGGACCGGAUCUUCCUCCCAGCAUCCCAGAGAGAGCUGCUGUCCUUCAGACACCUGUUUUCCUGCAUGAUCGUGGAGAACUUCACCCAGGAUUACCUGUGGCUCUCGGUUGCAACUCGGCAUCCCUGGAACCGGUUCACGAGGGUGCAGCGGCUCAGCUGCUGCGCGACACUGCUGCUCUGCAACAUGCUCAUCAACGUCAUGUUCUGGAAGGCGGGCGGCUCCGCCGGGCGACGGGCGCCAGUGGGUCUGUUGGCCGUGACCUGGUCCGAGCUGCACGUCAGCAUCCAGACAGCUGUCAUCCUUUUCCCCAUCAACCUUGUCAUCGCGCGGCUCUUCCCAGCGGCUCAGCCCCCGGAGACCCAGCCUCCCUUUCCCCCGACCCAGGCUUCCAGCCUCUCGGAUGCACCUGUUGCGCCCCUCUCGCGCGCGAAGGUACUUGAGGAGUUACAGGAGACCGUGGGAUUUCUGCUUAGGAGACGCUCGUGCCUGCUCUCCGAGUGUGAGCAGCCUUCAGGGAGUUCCUGCGACCUUGGCCAGCUGGUGAAGCUUUUAUGCAGCCUCGUGUGUGCUCACAUAGAGGAAGGAGGCUGCCGCCAGCAGCCCGGACCUCCCCGCGUGAGGGUGGCUCCUGAAAGCCAGCGUCAUUUGUGCUGUUACCUGCUCGGAGUGGCACGGAGGCUGGAGUCUGACCUGGGCGCGCUGAGCCUCUCCCCGGUUCCCCAUCCUUGGGACUUCGCAGACGCAGCCAGCCGGCUUCACGAGCUCCAGGAACUCUUGCAGACAUGUGUUCUCCCCACGGAGCAGGAGCCAUCCAGGGAGGUGACGUGUUUCCCCCUCCUGAGCCCAGGGGAGUGGAGGAAGCCCCUGGCAAACGGCUGGCACAGAUGGUUACCUUUCACCUGCUGGAUCCUUCUGGGCGCCAUCAGCCUGGCGUCUGCCUUUUUCACCGCACUUUACAGCUUGGACUUGAACACAGACCAAGCCACCAGCUGGCUCGUUUCCAUGGUAUUGUCGGUGCUUCAGAACAUCUUCAUCAGCCAGCCCAUAAAGGUGGUCGUCCUCACCUUCAUGCUCUCGCUGCUCAUGAAGAGGAUACCAUGGCUCAGCAGAGAGAGGGAACAACAGACGAGGAGGAUCCUGGCGCUCGCUGCGAAAUGUUCUCCCUCGCCACCUGGUUCGAGAGAUCAGAACAACCCCAUCUACAGAGCCCCAGCCACACACAGCGCGGCCGCGCCCCCCGCGGGAGCUGUGAAGGGAAAGAAGCUCUUCAAGCUGACCGGGGACAUCGUGGUGCAAAUCCUCUUCCUUGGCCUACUGCUGAGCACAGUCUACUCGGGGAAGAAUUCCAACCGAUUUCACCUCCAUCAGGCCGUCCGCAAGAGCUUUUCUCACCGCUUCUCAGAAAUCAAGCUUCUGGAAGAUUUCUACCCCUGGGCCAGGCACAGCCUCCUGCCUAACCUGUAUGGGAAUUACACAGGGUUUAUCACCGACGGGAACUGCUUCCUCCUGGGCACGGUCCUCCUCCGUCAGAUCCGCGCUGCCUUCCCGGCUGCAGCCUCUGCCCAGGAACAGGGGACGCCACCGCAGCAGCCCUGGGAGGGCACCGGGAACUGUGGCCUUCACUGGGGAACCCCCAAUGCCAACAUCACAACGCCGGAGGCCAUGUGGCACCACCAGGACGAGGAGGCCCAGCGCGGCUCUCCCAUCCAGGGGGAGUUUGCCGCUUACUCGGAAGGCGGCUGUGUCGUGAGGCUGGGAAAAAACUCCAGCACUGCCGCCAGGGUCCUACAGCACCUUGAACAGCAGCGCUGGCUGGACCGGUGCACGAAAGUCCUCUCUGUGGAAUUUGUGGUCUUCAAUGCGAAUGUGAACCUGUUCUGUGUGGUGACCCUGACUUUGGAGUCCAGUGAUGUGGGGACUUUGAUCGGCUCUGUGAGAGUGGGCAGCCUGCCUUCCCCGCAGACACUGGAGGGCCUUGGCUGGGCUGUCAUCUCCCAGGUCGUCUAUCAUCUGCUGGUCUGUUACUAUGCCUUCGUACAGGGCCGGCGGCUGAGACAGCAGGGGUGGAGGUUCCUCACGCACAAGAGGAACGCGCUGGACACGAGCGUCGUCCUCGUCAGCUUCGUCAUCCUGGUGCUCGACCUCAGGCAGAUUUUUCUGCACAGGACCUACAUGGCCCAGCGCCGCCAGGACCGGGACAGGUUCAUCAACUUCCAUGAGGCAGUUCAAGUGGACUCUGCGGUCACGCACCUGGUGGGAAUCCUGGUUCUGCUGGCCACGGUUCAGCUAUGGAACCUGCUGCAUCAUGACGCCAGGCUGCAGGUCAUCAGCAGAACCCUGAGCAGAGCCUGGGACGAGGUGACCGGCUUCCUGCUGAUCAUCCUGCUCCUGCUCACUGGCUAUGCGACCGUUUUUCACGUGCUGUUUGGAUGGAAAAUCUCUGACUACAGGACUUUUGUCAACUCGGUGGUGACUGUUGUUGGUCUCCUCAUGGGAAUUUCUCACUACAAAGAGGUUAUUGCUUUAGACCCAGUCCUGGGCUGCUUCCUGAUCCUCGCCAGCGCCAUCCUGAUGGUACUUGUGGUCAUCAAUCUCUUUGUUUCUGCUAUUCUCAUGGCCUUUGGAAAAGAAAGAAAGUCCCUGAAGACAGAAACUACACUGCUAGAUAUGCUGCUACAGAAGCUCUCGAGUUUGUUAGGAAUCCGGUGGCACCAGAAUCCCUCCCCCGAGAAGCAGCCAUGACAGCAGUGGGCACUGACUGCAGUCCUAGAAGAAAAUGAGAACAGUGCUUGCUUCUGGGGACAGCAUGGAACUGACUGGAAACGAACAAGGGAACUUGGUGGGAUGACAGAAGCAUUCUACACCCUGACCAGGGUACCCACACACACUCGCUUGCUCUCAAACUAUACACUUACGUAUUUUUAACGCACAUCACAUCUCAAUAAAACAACUGUCUCAAGGUGGCAUGUAAUGCAUCACUUGUCAAUUAGGAUGCCCGUAACCCACAUCAGAAUGCCUGGUUUGAGUUCUAGCUCCUCAGCUAAUGCUGGCUCAAGGGGCUGUAAAGCAGCCAGCAUCCCAUGUGGGUACCAGUUCAAGUCCCAGCUGCUCCACUUCUGAUCUGGCUCCCUGCUGAUGAACCUAGGAGAACAGUACAUGGCCCACGGGCAUGGGCCCCUGCAUCCAGGUGGAAGACCUGGAAGAAACUCCUGGCUUCAGAUCAGCUCAGCUCUGGCAGUUAUGGCCAUUUGAGGAGUGAACCAGUGGAUAAAUAACCUUUCUGUCUCUUCCUCUCUCUCUUUGUACCUCUACCUCUACCUCUCAAAUAAAGUCGUAAAAAAAACAAGUGGAGCAGCUGGGACACCCACGUGGGAUGCCAGCACCGCAGGCGCAGUUCUACCCACCACACUACAAUGCAGCUCCAUCCCUGAUUUCACAAAGUACCAUCUCUUCAGGUUUCUGGAGGUGCUGGCAGCGUGUUUUGAAUCGGGUGCACAGUACGUCACCAUGAGUGCUUUGUAAACACUCACUCAACUACAUGUGCUUAUUUCCCCUCUUUAAUAUACCACUUAAUUUCCAGACAUAAAGUAGCAAGAAUAAAAGAACUUGAACAAA